AUGUUGUGGGAGAGGCCGCCCCAUAAACCUCUCCUCACCAGGGGGCAGCUGUUCCUUCGCCCCUCUCCAGUGGUGGCACCUCCUCCCUCGCCUCUCUCCAGUGGUGGCACCUCCUCCUUCUCCAGUGGUGGCACCUCCUCCCCUCUCCCCUCUCCCCUCUCCAGUGGUGGCAUCUCCUCCCUCUCCAGUGGUGGCACCUGCCCCUUCGCCUCUCUCCAGUGGUGGCACCUCCUCCCUCUCCAGUGGUGGCACCUGCCCCUUCGCCUCUCUCCAGUGGUGGCACCUCCUCCCUCUCCAGUGGUGGCAUCUCCUCCCUCGCCCCUCUCCAGUAGUGGCACCUCCUCCCUCGCCCCACUCCAGUGGUGGCACCUCCUCCCUCGCCCCUCUCCAGUGGUGGCACCUCCUCCCUCGCCUCUCUCCAGUGGUGGCACCUCCUCCCUCGCCUCUCUCCAGUGGUGGCACCUCCUCCCUCGCCUCUCUCCAGUGGUGGCACCUCCUCCCUCGCCCCACUCCAGUGGUGGCACCUCCUCCCUCGCCCCUCUCCAGUGGUGGCACCUCCUCCCUCGCCCCUCUCCAGUGGUGGCACCUCCUCCCUCGCCCUUCUCCAGUGGUGGCACCUCCUCCCUCGCCCCUCUCCAGUGGUGGCACCUCCUCCCUCGCCCCACUCCAGUGGUGGCACCUCCUCCCUCGCCCCUCUCCAGUGGUGGCACCUCCUCCCUCGCCCUCUCCAGUGGUGGCACCUCCUCCCUCGCCCUUCUCCAGUGGUGGCACCUCCUCCCUCGCCCCUCUCCAGUGGUGGCACCUCCUCCCUCGCCCCUCUCCAGUGGUGGCACCUCCUCCCUCGCCCCUCUCCAGUGGUGGCACCUCCUCCCUCGCCUCUCUCCAGUGGUGGCACCUCCUCCCUCGCCUCUCUCCAGUGGUGGCACCUCCUCCCUCGCCCCUCUCCAGUGGUGGCACCUCCUCCCUCGCCCCACUCCAGUGGUGGCACCUCCUCCCUCGCCCCUCUCCAGUGGUGGCACCUCCUCCCUCGCCUCUCUCCAGUGGUGGCACCUCCUUCCUCGCCUCUCUCCAGUGGUGGCACCUCCUCCCUCGCCUCUCUCCAGUGGUGGCACCUCCUCCCUCGCCCCACUCCAGUGGUGGCACCUCCUCCCUCGCCCCUCUCCAGUGGUGGCACCUCCUCCCUCGCCUCUCUCCAGUGGUGGCACCUCCUCCCUCGCCCCUCUCCAGUGGUGGCACCUCCUCCCUCGCCUCUCUCCAGUGGUGGCACCUCCUCCCUCGCCUCUCUCCAGUGGUGGCACCUCCUCCCUCGCCCCUCUCCAGUGGUGGCACCUCCUCCCUCGCCACAGGGAGCCACAGCACACAUGGGUGCCUGUCAGGCCACGAGGCUAA